CCUGAGCAUCGUAGAGCCAAUCAAAAGCGAAGCGUCAGUGUCCAUGUUGGCGUGCAGAAGGGCGUGCUUUCUCUAUUUAAACCGUAGGCUUUUCACGGAUUACACACAGACGCAUCUUACCUGGAGAGGACGGUCUUAGCUCUCGCCCCUGCACCAGAACUUUUCCAAAAUGAGCGACAGCAACCCAGUCAACCAGGAAGUGGAGCAGUUCAACAAGAAAAAGCUGAGAAAGACCAGCACGCAAGAGAAGGUCCGCCUUCCAACAAAGGAGGAAAUUGAAGAGGAGAAGAAAGCCAUGAAAGAGGAGAGCAACUGAAACACACCCACCAUGAGUCCUCUUCUUUAGUACUGCUUGUCUUCCAGUUAGGAGUCCUAUCCAUCAUCUCAACCUCUGUUGCUGUUUCCUCUGCAGCCAUAAUUUAAAGAGUUUUCAGGAUGACGCUAUAGGGAAGGGUCCCUAUGUAAUUCCAACUCAUUUCAUUUGGAUAUAUUUUAGUGUUUUCCUUCUAGUGUAUAGUGGUUAAUAGAGCACAAUGAAGACUUAGUGUAGGUUUAAAUAAAAAAUAAAUCACGUGAAUAAUGGGGG